GUCCACGUGCUGUCACAAUGGUAGUUUUGGGGAAAAUCUUAUCAAAGUCUUUCAUAACAACUCCAAUAUUUUAUGUUAACGCAAACGUCCAUCUUUAUGAUCACAGAUCCACACAUUGGUCAUCUUUACACUGCUUUCCUUGCUGAUGCUGCUCAUCGUUGGCAAAAACUGACAAUGGGCACGUCCACCGAUAAAGCAAUACUAUCAACUGGCACUGAUGAACAUGGACUCAAGGUGCAAAGAGCAGCAACAGAGAGUGGAAUGCCAACCCAGUCUCUAUGUGAUUUAGUAUCUCAGAGAUUCAGGGCUUUGUUUGAUGCUGGUAACAUUGAUUAUACGCAUUUCAUCCGAACUACCGACGAGACUCAUGAAAGACUGGUACAGAGUAUUUGGCUUCAGUUACAUGAUAAAGGUUACUUAUGCAAGUCCACAUAUGAGGGCUGGUAUUCAGUUCCUGAUGAAACCUUCCUCUUGGACUCGCAAUUAACUGAUGGAGAUGAGCCAGGCUCAAAAGUUUCCAAGGAAACGGGUCAUAAAUGUGAAUGGUCGUUGGAGGAGAAUUACAUGUUUAAGUUGUCUUUGUUUAGAGAGAGGUUGCUUAAGUGGAUCACAAAAAAGCCUUAUCCCAUUAUUCCUGAUUAUGCUCGACACUUUGUUAUUGGAUAUCUCACUGAAGAAGGCGGACUGAAUGACCUCUCAGUUUCAAGACCUCUGUCUCGUUUGCAGUGGGGAAUAAGAGUACCCAAUGAUGAGGAACAUACUGUGUAUGUAUGGUUGGAUGCACUAGUCAACUACCUCACAGUUUCGGGCUACCCUAACCCUGGUCACUUGUGGCCUGCAACUGAUCACGUUAUUGGAAAGGAUAUAAUGAAGUUUCAUUGCAUCUAUUGGCCGUCUUUUUUAAUGGCACUGGAUGUAGAGCUACCCUCUAGAAUAGUAGUACACUCUCACUGGACUAUGGAUAAGAGCAAAAUGUCAAAGAGUAAAGGUAAUGUCGUUGAUCCGUUUGACAGAUUAGAGACACAUGGAGCAGAUAAGCUACGAUAUUUCUUAUUAAAAGAGGGUUCACUACAUCACGAUGGAGAUUAUCAUGAUAGUCGUCUUGCUCAGCUAGCAAAUGCUGACUUGGCAGAUACAUUCGGCAACCUCCUCUCUCGUGCCACAGCCACUAAGCUCCACCCACCUGAAAUCAAGUUAUGUAUUGAUCCUAACCACCUCAUGAAAGAUGGCAAGGAGCUAUUGGAGUCUUUACAGAGACUAAGCACAACUGUCAAUAAUUGUUAUAGUUCCUACGAGUUUGGUCGGGGGAUUAGCUCAAUUAUGGAGUGUCUCCAUAUGGCCAACAGAUUUUUUGGUAGACACAAGCCGUGGACUCUAGUACCUAAUCCCGACUCUCAUGCUCAUUUGGGUACAGUCCUUGCAGUAUCAAUGGAGACUCUUAGACUUUGUAGCAUCCUUCUCAGUCCUAUAAUUCCAGACUCGAGUUCUAAGAUCCUUCAAAGAUUGGGAAUGAGUUCAGAGAGUAUCGGGCCCGAGGAUUUAAAAUUUUGCAUGGACAGAGACUUUACGGGAGCCCCUAUUGUUGUAGGGGGGUCUCCGAUGUUUUCGAAAAAGGUGUAUGAUAAAUAAAAUAUGUUUUUGUGAUUAGAAAAUGAAUAAUAGCCAGAA